AUGGCACCCACGCCGGAGCGAAUCGAGACUGAUGUGGUCAUCAUUGGUGGAGGCAUGUCUGGCCUCUCUGCAGCCAUCGCCCUGAGUGAAUCUUCCCAGGUUAGAUGUGUCCUGGCCGAAAAGAGCCAUGUUCUUGGUGGUUCUUCGAAGUUGUCGGCGGGCAUGUUCUGGGCGCCCAGGGACACCCAAAUUGCCCAGGAAACGAUCCCGUUUGCGGACCCCGAGCUCUUGAACAAGUUCAUCGCCGAAUAUCCAGAUGCUGUUCAGUGGAUGCGGGAUAACGGAGUUCAGACACACGACCAAUUCAACGGCAUCAUGACAAUCGGCAUUGGCUUUCCCAUCAACGUUCCGCAAUGGCUUGCCAAGGCCGAGUCAAUCAUCACAGCCAACCCAAAUGCAAAGAUCCUACGCGAAACGUCAGCUGUUGGUCUUACUCAAGAGCCUCCGGGAGCUGCUGGAAAUCGAAUCACGGGAGCUGUUCUACGCAAGAAUGAUGGCACACUUGUGUUGUGUUCAGCCAAAGCCGUCAUCAUUGCUACUGGUGGCUUCCAAGGUAGCCCACAACUGGUUGAGCAGCACAUUGGUCAAGGAGCGGAUACGAUAUUCACCCGGUCAAACCCGUACUCUACUGGUGAUGGCUUCAAGCUGGGCACACAAGCUGGAGCUGGAACUAGCCGCGGUCUCUCGACAUUCUACGGCCAUUUACUUCCAUCACCGCUGAAGAGACGAGAUGUCGAUCCUUCCCACUUUAUCCACCUCGCCCAGUUUCAGUCCGGAUACUCCAUCCUCGUGAACCGUGACGGCCGGAGGUUCUGCGACGAAACAUAUGGCGACGAGGUCAACAAUCAGGAGCUGGCUCAUCAGCCAGGUCGCGUUGGGUACAUGAUACUUAACAACGAAGUCCGGAAGCGUUGGGCACUCGGAGAAGUAUUCCCAAAUGCUGGAAAGAUCGAUCGUCUCGAGAAGGCAAAGGCUUUUGGAGGACGGGUUGCCAGCGCCGAGACAGUUGAAGAACUUCUAAAGCAUGUGUCCAACUGGGGCGUUCCGCUUCAGGCCUUGCAACACACAAUCCGUCAGUACAACCGCGCGAUAAGAGGUAACAGCGAUGAGAUUCUUGAUGCCCUGGUCGGUAGUAACCACGAGCCUCAUGUGACGUUUGAAGGGAGUGAGAAAGGUCCAUACUGGGCGCUGGAGGUCCAGCCAUCCAUUACGUUUACUUACGGUGGGCUCAAGAUUGACAGUUUAUCUCGAGUCACGGAUGAUGAUGGGAGAGUCAUUCCGGGGCUUUUCGCGUGUGGCAUGGACGCUGGUGGCUUUUCAAACUGGAGGUAUGGCGGUGGGCUGGCUCAGGCUUUUGUGACAGGACGAUGGGCUGCAAAGGCGGCACUGAAUGUGACGGACGUGAGUCAGGCGAAGCUAUGA